GGAGCUGCAAAACCAGCCGGAGAGCGUGGGCAAAGACUUGGGCAGGUGGUCAUGCUAACUCAGCAGUGGGGAGAUUAGUCCCUGAGCAUCAGCAAUGAGCCCCACGGCAGCUGGAACCCAGCCUGGAUGCACUUCUGCUGUGUGGCACUCGUAGCAACAGUGGCUGGGUAGAACAUAACCAGUGUCCCUGUGCUUGCUUGUGCAGCCCCAUCCACAAAUCUACGCCUCCUUUUUCAUUGUCAAGGGGGGAAAGGACCUACUGAGCAUAAAAGUGCUGUUUGUUGUGUCUGAGAGAUCCCUUAGCCUCCUUUUGCUGCCUCUGUGCCCAGCCCUUUCUUUGGACUGCUUAUCCAGGGAAAACAUGGGAUGCGCUAUUUGCAUCUUCCUUGAUUUCCACACUUUGCAGAGGCUCUGAAACUGGGACAGUAGCCUGAUAACAGUAAUUUUUGUCGGCUUCACAUGAGGGAAUGGCAUCUCUUUACCCCUCUUGGCAGAGAGUAAGGAUCCCUGGUGAGGGGAUGGGGCCCAGAACUGCCCAAAGAACUCCAAAAUAUCAGUCUGCUGUUGGCAAGUAGCAUCAUGCUCCCUAUUUACUUGCAAGAAAAAAAAUUCCUUUUUUCACAACUACCACAACUUUAUAGAAUUGUCAGUUAUUGCUGAUAGAUGAGGGUCUGAACGUUUCCAGGUACCUCAUUGUUCAUCCCACAUACAGCUUUGGUGAGCUGGAGGAUGUCCUGUCUCCAGAGCCUGAAUCCCUGUGUGUUGUGUCUGAAAUGUUAGAGUGUCAUAAGAAGCAUGUUACCUCUGAGUUUGUUUGUUUUUCGAUGUUUGUCUGUUUUCAGUUUUUCCUUAUUUUCUUAAUUAUUCAUGAAAAUAAACUUUUUGAAAUUUGGAGAAAAAUGUCUUGACAGAAACAAUUUUUUUUUUUUUGAGAGAGACACCUGAAAAUGUUUCUCCUGUGCUCAAACACUGCACAGAAUGGGCAGAAUCAUGUCAGGGGAAUUUCAGAGAAAGACAAGAUGAUGUAGGAUGGAAGCCACCUAAACACUACUGGACUGGAUAUUAAUAACCACAGGCUAUGUUUGAACAUUUUCAUGAAACAGUCUCAGAUAAAUUUCUGCUUAGUACAACGUAGCAGCAAGAAAAGAUAUUAAAACUCCAGGAAAAUGUCAGUAUUUUAUCUCUAUAAAAAUUGAUGAUGGGUGUUCAUAUGCAGUAUAUCCGGUUUUCUUAAUACUGAAACAGAUGUAGUCCCAAAUAUAUACAUGCUGAAAAAUCCUCCUCUUAGAGCCUCAGUGACUUAAUUAUCUCUUACCAGUUGUGCAUCCUGAACAAAGGAAACAGGCCACAUUUUUAGACAAUCUCUUGUCUUUACAGACUACCUCAAGGCCAUCCCAAAUGUAUAUGGAAUUUGCUUUACUUCCAUCUACCAUGCCCUGACUCGAGUUUAAUUAAUCACUUUUAAAUUCAAAAAACAACAUACCACGAACUGAAAACCACAUCAUGAUGGGUAUUCCUACACAAAGUAUUCCUAACUGAAUUGUUGCAGCCUUUUGGCCAGCUGAACUUCACACGUGCAUCUAACUCGGGAAUCAGCUUUCUGAUGUUCUUCAGCCGUUGGAGGUUGAUCUAUUAUCUUGCCCCUUUGUAAUGAAGCAUUGGAACCCACAUGACAAAUGAGUAAAAUUCUCCAGUCUCAGCUGGGAGUCCGAUAAAAUGAAGAGUUCUAAGACCCCAAAGCAGCCCCUGCAAGGCCACCAAACUGAUCUCUCUGCAUGGCGAAAAGGAGGAAGAGUUGACCCUGAAAAAAGUGUCCAGAAUCAUCAAACUCCUAACAGUCAGGAAAAUGACAGACAUCAAGACUCUCUUGAACAAGCUCUGUGCUACUUUGAGAAAGUUCAAGACUGUGUUUCACUGAGAAAGAACAGUGUUCUGCAGAAACACUUGGCUACUGUGAAAAGCAUUGCCCUGCAAAGAGGAUUGCCCCCUGAAGGAUUUGAUGUAUUGCUAAAUGUGGCACUCAGUGGCAAAUUUGCUGAUACAGUGAAUACUUGUUUACUGAAGAGCCUGGUUCCAGCCUCAGUAAUACCAGAAAGUUCUGUCAUUUCAUCUGUGUCUUGGCUAUGCACUGGCAAAUGCUCAAGCAACAUUCAGCUGCUUUUUUUAAAAUGGCUGAUCACAGUGUUUGACUUCAUCGAUCACAAGGAACAAAUUCAUGCCCUCUAUGGUUUCUUCUUUUCCAUCCUGCAAGAUGAGAAGAUGUGCCCCUAUGUCUGCCACCUGCUUUACCUGCUGACCAGGAAAGAAAAUGUCAGGCCUUUUCGGAUUAGGAGACUGCUUGACCUCCAGACAAAAAUGGGAUUGCAGUCUCAUCUGCAGGCUCUACUAUCACUUUACAAACUCUUCUGUCCUGAGCUUGUGACCAUAACCCUUCCUGGGAAAAUUAAGACUUACUUCAAGAAUUGCGAGGGCCCAUGGAAAGCAGCAAUCAAUUCAAUCAGGCGAAGAAGCCAGAGCAACUCUCCACUCUCCCAGCCACUGUUUUUAGGCACAGCUCAACCUCAGUCACGAAAAAGGAAAUGGAAUACGCAGUUGUUAAUACCUGCAAGCAGUACAAACAGAAAUAAUUUAGAACAGAACAGGGAAAAGAACCUUGUUGAUUUGUACAGUACAAAUAAGUCUUUUCCAGUGGAGCAGCUGCAGACCUUUCCUCAGCUCCUAGAAAAUAUCCACUGUCUAGAGUUUCCUUCCCAGAUGGGUUCUGUGCUAACAAACCCUUUAUUGCUUCACUACAUGAAUUGCAUCAAAGAUGAAUCUGUUUACCUGAGGCUCAAUUACUGGAUGGGCCAGACUCUUCAGGAGGAAUGCCCUUGGUGUGUGGCUGAUAACCAGUAUGAAGAUGAAUUCAAGGACUUCCUAGAAACUGUCUACAAGACAGAGUGUUUCUUGCAGGAGGGAUUUUCUUCCUGUGAAGAGUUUCUGUAUAAGAGCCUUCCUCUCUGGGAUGGCGUCUCCUGCCGAUCACAAAUCCUCAGACUUGUGAGCUGGAUCCCCCUCAGCAGCUUCUCUGAAAUGAAGUCACAUCUCUAUGAUCCCCUGGCACAGCUCUUUUUUACAUCGUCUCUUUACUUUAAGUGCAGUGUUCUUGAGAGCCUGAAAGAGCUGUUGCAGAAUUGGUUAAAUUGGCAUGUGAUUCAUCUGGAUUCAGCAUGUGACUCUCAAGUCUGUUCUUUGAAUACCACCCUUUCUGGAUUAGUGAAUAUGGUGGCUGAACUGAUCCAAUUUGUUGGGUGGAUCUCUACUGUAGCAUUGCGUUUGGAAAACAAUACUACCUUCCUGCUGUACUUCAUUCUGGAUUUCUAUGAGACUGUGUGUGACACGUAUCUGAGGCACAGUCUGCCUUUGCUGAUAAUGCCUCCUGCUGGAGUCUUCUACCCAGCGCUUCUCAGCAUGGAUUCUGUCAGCCUGAAUCAGCUCUGCUACAUUAUGUAUAGGUAUCGAACCAACUUGGUGGCUGCAAAAGAAAAUGAGCAGAGUAAAAAGAAAAUACUGCAAUUCAAGUUCAGUAGCCAGACAUACCAAGAGUACAACCAGUACAUAACAGCUAUGGUGGGUUGUCUGUGGACAUCCACUGCUUUCCAGAACGAUACUCACCCUCAAGGUCUUCGUAUGGAUGAGGAACUGCUGAAGAAAACCACAGUGCAGGAGUUCAAAUCCAGCUUUAACAUUGUCUACCAUCCAGCCAUGAUGGGCUAUGCUGUCCUCUUCUUGCAGCAGGCUUGGCCAGAUGAUACCACCUUCAACUUCAGUUUAAUUAAGGGAAAGAAGUGGAACUGGUAUCUGGAAUAUCUUUAUGCGCAGGGAUUAAAGGGCCUGAAGCUCUUUAUUGAAAGCAGCAUCAAUCGUGUUUCCCAGGCCUCUCACAGUAAAGCAGGGAAUACACAAGAGUGACCCUGGGACUCACUGGAGCCUUUUUAUCAUCAGGAACAGGAAAGGCAGUAUAAGGGACUGUCACUAAUUCUUCCUUCCUCAGAGGCAGUUUGCAUUUUUGUACUGACAUCUAUUUUAGGAGAGUGAAGACAUAGAAGGAAUGCUUAGGCUGCCUUGGUUCACUAACACUGAACCCCAUCUUGACCUGCUGAACUUUCUGGUCUGAAGCUGCUGAGCUCACAUGUUAUGUAUCAUCCACAUUUUUCUCUGUUGGAGUAUCUGCUUUGAUGGAGAAACAAACAUCUACCAUCUCAAAACUGCAGUGAGCAGUGCUGCUUCAUUUAUAAGUAAUGUUGAUCCCUGACCUGCUUUGCCUUCCUUGACAGCAGGUGAUGAGAAACAAUGGAGUCAGCUCUUCAGGGAUACUGUAUGUGUACUUGAUUGGAGCACUACGAGUUUCCCACUUCUCUGUGGCACUUUGUAUAUACUGGCUUUUAACAGGCUGACCAAACUGACUUUCCUGAACUUCGUUUUCAUUAUGAAGCUUCCAAAAGAGGCUUUUUGCUAACAUUGCUUAUAAUGUUGCUCAGUUGAUGGUUUAUUGAUGAUUUGAGCACUUGAACAAUGUUGCCACCAGCUCACUAUUUUCUAUUGAUAAGUGCAAAAGUAGCUUUCCUUUUUUUGUUUUUAGUUCUGUAUGUGUUGUAUAUUAUAUGUGUACAUAUAUAUAUAAUUUAUAUUCUGUACAAUGUUUCCAACAUGCCAUUUUGAAGGAACUCUGCUACAAAAUGUAUCGUCUCCUGUCAUUUCAUUUUAACUCUGAGUAGAAGUUGGGAGAAGCUGACCUCGUGUCUCCAAAGUUUGAGUGAACUUUAUUUUACUGCUGUAAAACAAGGUUGCAAUCAACUGAAAGAUGGGUCAGAGUAGGCUGAAUUUUGCAUUGUGAAUCUAUAUUUGGAUUCAGUAAAGGAAUUGGUCCUGAGAGUGAUUCUAGAGCCACUAAGGAUGUGUUUGGUUUCUUCAUCCUCUGAAAAUCAGACUAGCUUUAGGUUGAGUACCAUACUGCUUGGGUCAAAUAGGGGUUCUGGUUAA